CUAACUCUGACCACUCUCUUUAUAUGGAAGUACUAAACGCUAGAGUAGGACAUCUCAGUAAUUUUGAAGUAUUUGAGAUUAUUAAAGAGCUAGGGAGCUCUACAGUUGAUAAUCUACGUUUUACACAGACUGAAGCUGUAAAGUAUCUUAGUAACGAUAAUCUAUCAACUACAAAACAGAAUGAAACUGGUAUCACGAAUCUACUCCAAUCGUUGGAACAGUUUCAGACACUCACUAGAGCUGAGAAGCUGAUGAUUGUCAACCUUUCACCAAAGAGCGUCGUUGAAUUAUACGUCAUUAUUGAAGAACUAGAAGACAGAUUAAGUGAGGAAGAUAUUGAAGCUAUCCUCUCACUUGUCUCUACCAAUUUGGGUGAAACAACCAACUUACAGAACAACAACAAUGAUGAUAAUGGCCCUACAGACGAGCCACUAUUUGUCGACGAGGAUGAACAAGAGAACGCGAAAUAUGAACAAGAAAUUGCAGAACAGGAAGAGUUAGAAAACGCAGACGUUGGCGAAGAAGAAGCCAGAGGCAUUGAUGAAGUGGACGAUUAAAAAGUUUUAGCAUUACAUUAUUAUAGAGUAUGUUGUAUAUUAUCCAAUUAACC